AUGCGGCGCUUCAUUUACUGUAAGGUGGUCCUCACCACCUCGCUGGUCUGGGUGCUGGUAGAUGUUUUUCUGCUGCUCUACUUCAGUGAGUGCAACAAAUGUGAUAACCGAAAGGACCACUCUCUCCUGCCCGCCCUCAGAGGUGAUAAGACUAAGGUUUAUUUUUAUCUUUGCCCAGCGGUCAUGUCCCGUGCUCAUGAAGGACCCGGAGAGAUGGGUAAGGCUGUGAUCAUCCUGAAAGAAGACCAGGAGAAGAUGAAGGAACUAUUUAAAGUCAAUCAGUUCAAUCUAAUGGCCAGUGACAUGAUAGCACUCAACAGGAGCCUACCGGAUGUCCGAUUGGACGGGUGUAAAACCAAAGUUUACUCUGAUGAUCUUCCCAACACCAGCAUUGUGAUAGUUUUCCACAAUGAGGCCUGGAGCACUCUAUUACGUACUGUCCAUAGCGUGAUCAACCGCUCUCCCAAGCACCUACUGCUGGAAAUUCUACUGGUGGAUGAUGCCAGCGAAAGGGAUUUCCUAAGGACAAAGCUGGAAGACUAUGUAAAGACGCUGGAGGUACCAGUGCGGAUUUUACGAAUGGAGCAACGCUCCGGUCUGAUACGGGCGAGGCUCAGAGGAGCAGCCGCUACAAGAGGUCAGGUUAUCACCUUCCUGGAUGCUCACUGUGAGUGCACUGUCGGCUGGCUGGAACCGCUGCUUGCUUGUAUUAAAGAAGACAGAAAAGCUGUGGUCUGUCCCAUCAUCGACGUGAUCAGUGAUGAGACCUUUGAGUACAUGGCCGGCUCAGAUAUGACCUAUGGAGGAUUCAACUGGAAACUGAAUUUCAGAUGGUACCCAGUUCCUCAGAGAGAGAUGGACCGCCGCAAAGGAGAUCGCACCUUACCUGUCAGAACUCCUACCAUGGCUGGUGGCCUCUUCUCUAUUGACCGAACCUAUUUCGAAGAGAUUGGCACCUAUGAUCCUGGAAUGGACAUAUGGGGAGGAGAGAACUUGGAAAUCUCCUUUAGGAUCUGGCAGUGCGGUGGAUCUCUAGAGAUUGUCACGUGUUCCCAUGUCGGCCAUGUGUUUCGCAAGGCAACACCUUACAGUUUUCCUGGUGGAACUGGCCAAGUAAUUAACAAGAACAACAGGCGGCUGGCGGAGGUCUGGAUGGAUGAAUUCAAAGACUUCUUUUACAUCAUAUCACCAGGAGUGAUGCGAGUGGACUAUGGAGAUGUAUCAGCCCGUAAGGCUCUGCGAGAAGCUCUGCAGUGCAAACCAUUUUCCUGGUAUCUAGAGAACAUCUACCCUGACUCACAGAUACCACGCAGAUACUACUCACUCGGAGAGAUUAGAAAUGUAGAGACCAACCAGUGUGUGGACAACAUGGGCAGGAAAGAGAAUGAGAAAGUCGGCUUCUUCAACUGCCAUGGAAUGGGUGGCAACCAGGUAUUUUCAUAUACAGCAGAUAAAGAGAUCCGGACUGAUGACCUGUGUCUGGAUGUGUCCCGUCUGAAUGGACCUGUUGUGAUGCUUAAGUGUCACCACAUGAAAGGAAAUCAGAUGUUUGAGUAUGAUGCUGAGCGCCUGACCCUGCUACACGUGAACAGUAAUCAGUGUUUGGACAUGCCAUCAGAGGAGGACAAAAUGGUACCCACUCUGAGAGACUGCAACGGGAGCCAUUCACAGCAGUGGAUCCUCAGAAACAUGACUUUAAGUAUCUGAAAUGAACCUUCUGUGGGCCAUGAUAAAGGUACUGGAUUUCAAAUGGUU